ACGUCAAACGUAUACUUCAAAAGUCAGCAAACAAAUUUCAAAUACGUCAAAGUCACCGUAAACGUCAAAAAACGCAAAAAAUGACGUAACGUACGACGUAACGUCAAUAUUUGACGUAAGUCAGUAAAUGACGUUCGCACCACUGAUACCUGAUAGGUUUUCCCUCGUUCUGUUAUCUGCUCUGCUCACGGCUCAUGACCUUUAUAGAACAGCUAAAAGCCAGAAAACCAGCUUUUCCGAAGUUGUCUUUAAGAGACUGAACGAGUGAAUGAAAAACUUCUUUCAGCUAUAGACGUCUUCUUUUUUAGAACUUUGGCCAAUUGUGGAUUGCCAAUAACAGUAAAGAUGAGGAAUGUUUCUAUGAUGACAGGUGCUGUAAAACGAGAAGUGUUUCAUAUAAUUCACUGUGCUGCCUUAACUGGAACAAUUAUUUUUGUGAUAAGUCUGGGUGGUGGACUGGGAGAAAAUAAUUCAAUCGCCUUUGAAACAGAAGAAACUUUGAGUUCAUGGGAACAGUAUGGAUUUUUUCUAGCUGCAGUUCUCUAUGUUACUAGGUUCUUGACACUGUUGUGCCUACCCUUGGCUUUAUUCAACUUUUGGGGUCUUGUGCUUUUUAAUGCAUUUCCUGAUCAACCAAAAACAAAGAUUUUCUCAAGGCGCGACCACGUCAGUGUUCCUUUUGUUUGCUUUCGUGUGGUUACUAAAGGAGAUUUCCCCCAAUUGGUACGCAAUAAUAUUUUGAAGAACCGAAACAUUUGUGAGGAAACUGGUCUUGAGCACUUUACAUUUGAAGUUGUGACAGACAAAUCAAUAUCCUUGGUCACUAGCAAAAAAGUACGUGAACUAGUUGUUCCGGAAGAUUAUGCCACCAAAUCUGGAGCUUUGUAUAAAUCAAGGGCACUUCAAUAUUGUCUGGAAAAAGAGGUCAACAAUUUGAAUGAUGAAGAUUGGAUCGUACAUCUUGACGAAGAGACCCUACUUACGAGCGGUUGUAUCAAAGGGAUUGUAAAUUUCAUUUGCGAGGGGAAACAUCAUUUUGGUCAAGGCGUGAUAACAUACAAUAACGACGAGGUCGUCAACUUGAUGUUAACUUUGUGUGAUUCAAUUCGUGUCGCCGAUGAUAUGGGAAAAUUGCAAUUUCAAUUAAAGGUGAUGCACAUGCCAAUUAUGGGAUGGAAAGGAUCGUAUGUCAUAUCGAAUGUGGGAGCUGAGAGAGAUGUAAGCUUCGAUCAUGGACCAAGAGGCUCGGUGGCAGAGGACGCUUACUUCGGACUCAUGGCAGCCAGCAAGGGCUACUCGUUUGGUUUCAUCGAAGGUGACAUGUGGGAGAAAUCGCCUUUCACUAUUAAGGAUUUCCUGCGACAAAGAAAACGAUGGCUACAAGGACUUCUACUUGUUGUUCACUCGUCAGAAAUUCCUUUGAGGUUUCGAAUUCUUCUUGGUUGCUGCGUAUAUGCAACAGCGACGGCACCGUUGUCCACUUUAAAUGUGUUUCUUCAACCAUUGUUCCCAAUUCAGAUUAGUCGUUUUGUAGAUCUCUGCGGAUGCUUCGUUGGAGGCGUUAUCAUUUACAUGAACCUAUACGGAACGUUCAGAUCCUACACCUACAGUGCCAAGCACGUUGGGAUAGGCAAACUCCUAGCUCUAUUCAUCCUAGGAUUUGUCGUGCAACCAUUUAAAUACAUUUUGGAAAUUAUUGCUAUUUUGUGGGGCUUAGUGACACCCAAAAACGAGUUUGCAAUAGUUGAUAAAAAUGUAGAGCAGAACGAAAUGGAAAACACGGUUUCCGUUGUUCCCAGUGAUGCGAACGUCACCGAAAUUUUAGUGACGUAUUAAAUUACGUCAAAGUUAUACGUAAUUUGAAACCAAUACGUAAUAAGUAAAAAAAUGACGUCAACGUAACUCACUUUUUUUCAACGUCUGACGUUACGUCAUCAAUACAUCACUAUUUUAUUUAGAAAUUUUCGAAAUUUGAUAUUAUACACUAAGGGCAAUUUAAAAAAAAAUUAAAUUUAAAUUUCACCUCAAGUGAGUAGGAAUAAUUGGAUAAUUAACGAAUUUUCAGACGCAACAAAAUAGUUGCCCAAUUUAAAAAUUACGUAUUCGAAAAUCCUGGAAAAAAAUUUGUUCACGUCAAACGUAUACUUCAAAAGUCAGCACGAAAAUUUCCGAGAAAAUUUCAAAUACGUCAAAGUCACCGUAAACGUCAAAAAACGGAAAAAUGACGUAACGUACGACGUAACGUCAAAAUUUGACGUAAGUCAGUAAAUGACGUUCGCACCACUGAAGACGUGCGUGUCGUGCGUCACUCUACAAUAUUUUCACGCUGUAGUCAUGGUUAUUUUCAAAAUGAAGUUUAUCUUGCGCACAUUUUCUUGACUGAUGCAGAAAGUUUUCACACUAU